GAAGAGAUGAAAUCGUUAGUUGUCAUCCCCCUUAUCUUCCACGUGGCGUUUUCAUAUAUAUUUCUGGAAAAACUGUCUCACACAAAGCUCCCCAGCAGGGUCACGCCCUCAGAGGUUUAUCAAAUGUUCGGCGGAGCUGCCGAGGAGGCCGCUUAUGACAAACAGCGACGAAUUCUAUACGUAGUUGGUGAAGAAUCUCGCUUACUCCAUUUGAUGGACUUGGCAGAUCCAAAGAACCCCGUGUUAGCUACAAGCUACCAGUUUACACCUAGCGACGGAACACCACGUGACGUAGCUGUCUGUGGUGACGAGGUUGCUGUUGCUGUGACAUCAGGAAUCAGAGAUGUUUAUGAGGGCCAUGUAUAUUUCUUUCAUGCAUUUUCUGCCGGGGAUCCAGAACUGAAGUUUGACGGAAAACUUCCAACUGGAUACUUUCCGGACAUGUUGACAUUUACCAGUGACUGUAAGAAAAUUCUGGUAGCUAAUGAAGGAAGGCCAGGAAAAGAUAUCAAUAAUGUUUUCGUGGAUCCAGAGGGAUCUGUUACGAUCAUAGAGCGGGAGAGGACAGGAAACCCGUCAGAGCGAACAGUUUCCUUCAGCGGUCAAAACCAAAGAUUUGAUUUGAGGUUUCCCACUCGAUAUAUACCUCAGAAUGUAUGGCCAGGGACGGCCAACCCAACCUUUGAACAAGACGCUACACCAGAGUACAUAGCUAUUUCCCCGGAUAAUAAAUACGCUUACAUUAUUUUACAGAGAAACAAUGCUGUGGCGACAAUGUCCCUAUCAACGUACGAUAUACAGUCAAUCACACCUAUACCAAAGAAAGACUGGAGCAAGUACACCAUUGACCCCAGUGACAGGGACGGAGGCGUUCAUCUCAGGCAAUAUCCAUUUAAGAGCGUGCGACAGCCAGAUAACGCCAAAGUGAUCACGAUCGGUCGUAAGAGCUUCCUGAUAACCGCGGACGAGGGGCGGACGACGGACUUUACCUCUGCCCAUGAUGGAUUUGUCUGGUCAGAUCACAGCUUGGCAGAUGUUUUAACCAGACAGAACAAGUUUGACACCACAGUUAUAAAUAAUGACACAUUUAUAGAGGCUCUUAAAUUGGAUAAUAAAGCUGGUAGACUAACCUUGAGCACAAUCGACGGUCUGAAUUUAUUUACUGGAAAAAUGGAUGAAGUCAAUCAUUUUGGUGGCAGAGGAUUCUCCAUUUGGAAGACGUCAGAUUUGUCGCUAGUGUUUGACUCCGGUGAUGAAAUAGAGAAAGAACUGGCCAAUUCCAUAAAAGUUGUGUUCAAUACAGACUGUAUUAAAAACACAAUAACCUACCAGGGACCAGAAAAUUUAAGAGACACACAGUCCGAUAAUUAUGGUCCAAAAGUUGGUUCUUUAGAUUAUAUUAAGGAUUAUGAUCAGGAGUACAUUGUAGUUGGCAGUGAAACAACAGGAACAAUCUUCGUCUACUCAGUGAAUUCCACGUCUGGUACCCCCGAGCCUCAGUUUGAAACUGCUUAUAGGACGGGGGACACAGACUUUGUGUGGAGUGAGCUGUAUGAAAUGGGAACUGCAGGGGAUGCUGGACUGUCUGCUGUGGGAUUCAUCAGCAGAGAUGACAAUCCUCUAAACAAAACCCUGAUAUAUGCCAUAGGACAGUAUUCAGGAUCUGUGACCCUAUUCCAAAUAGAAAACUUGUAGUUAUGUAAACAAUAAAU